CUACGUGACGAGUCAAAAUGGUGGCGCGAUGUGCUUCGAGGAAGUCUGCCCGGAUGACGGGAUGAGCUAAAAUGGUGGCCCACGCAUAAAUGAACGACUUUCCAUAAGGGCUCUGUUACAAAGCGUCGUAGCCCGCGAGGAGGUGGAAACGGUCGUCAGAUAGUGAAUACCACUGAUAGAACUCACGGGGUUUAUUUGUUUGUUUUGUUGAGGUUUUUUUGCGCCACACGUUCUGACCUUAUCUCUUAUCUCUAGCCUACAUUGUGUCAAGUGCAAGUGAGCCGACUUCAUGACUGAACCACUCGCUAUGGCUUCCUCCACACCAAACGAAAUCAUGUGCAGUCGAUGUAAGAAAAUGAGAUCGGAGGUGUUAGUGUCGAAGCCGCACUAUGAUGGCGGAGCGGUGGCUCGGGGGCUCCAGCAGGAGCGAGGGGCCCCUUUCGAGCCGUCCGCGGGCUUAGCUACCGCGGGCUUCCGCUCCGCGAAAUACACCCCGGCCGAGUGGUUCUCCGGCUACGGCAGCCUCCUCCAGCAGGCCGGCGCCGACCAGCUCGCGGCCCACACCAUCCAGGAAGAGUCCAGGCUCCUGCGCAAGGACACCGAGGACACCGCUGAGCAAACCCAGACCGACGGGACCCGCCUGCUGGGAGAGAGGCUGCAGGACAUCCACCGCUGGAAGUCGGAGCUGCAGGAGCACAUCGGCCGGCUGCUGUCCGACACGACGGCCCUGCAGGCGCUCAAGAUGAGGCUGGAGAGGGCGCUGGACGCCACGGAGACUCCCUUCGCCAUCGCCGUCGAUAACCUGACCUGCAGGAGCCGACGACUGGGGCCGGACCUGGUCCGGGACUGUGUGGAGGAGGAGCUGCUCAAGGAAGUGGACUUGAUCAGGAGUGUACAGGCCCUUCUGAAGAGAACCAUUGCCCAGGUUGCUACUCAGAUCAAGUUGAACAGCGAUGCCAAGCAGUCGUUGGAGUUUGACUGGUCAGAUAAGUACGAGGCCUAUGCCUUGGACCUCCAAUGUGGUAGAUUCACUAACAAGAGUACAGAUACACAGCACCACACCAUUUCAGCCGCCAUGGUGGAGCAGAUGUCUAACGUCCCUUCAUGGAUAAAGUUCACACAAGGCAACCUCAACAGGGCCUUCCGGGAGGAACAGGCCACUAAGGAUCUCAGUGAGUUGGGGCAGCAGGUGCUACUGGACACCACUAAGGACCUGAGAGUCCAAUGCUCCAAUGUGGACCAAGCCUUCCUACAACGCUGUGCAGAACAGAUGGAUGCCAAGAUCCAGCUAGAGAUGCAGUUCAAGCAGACCUUGGAGCAGAUUGGAGCUCAGGAGAGAAACAUUGUGGCUCUGCAGAAGGCCAUCGACGAUAAAGAUGCCCCGCAGAGAGUGGCUGAGUCCAGGCUGUACCGCCACUAUCUGAGACCCAACAUGGAGCUCUGCAGGGAUGAACCCCAGAUGAGUUUGGAAGGGGAGGUGAGGGAGAUUAAUGCCACCCUGGCAUCUCUGCAGCAGCAGCUGAGCGAUGCCCGCAGCUCACUGUCCCAACUGGAGGAGACCCGCAUGGCGCUCGAGAAGGACAUUAUGUGUAAAUCCCACUCACUAUUCAUCGAAAGAGAGAAAUGCAUGAAUCAACGCAAAUUGUAUCCGACAAUCUCCACACUCUCUGGCUACUGAACAAAUCAUGUUUGCUUUGAUGUGGCUCUUUUAAAAGAGUCGUGGAUUGUAUGUAGUGGGUUUAUUUUCCAUUUGCAGUGUUAGGAACCGCAACCAUAUACUCAUUACCGAAGAUGGGCCGAUGUACACUGCACUGCCUUUAAAAAGUCACUCAUAUUUAUUUGUUGGACCGCCUUAAGCCGAAUGAUAGAAUUCAUUAAUCCGGAGAUCAUUUCAACAAGCAUAUGAAGGUCCGAACUUUUAUUUCCAAACAGAACUACAUUUCAGCACAUUGGGCUUAAGGUGUGAACUCUGGGUGGUCACUCAUGUUUCAAAAUGAAAGUAUGUUCCAUGCUCCCACUCUCUGAACCCAGAACCCCUCUUCACUCUUUGAGCCCAAGUGAGCUAAGAAUAUGUCUGUGGGGUCAGGAAAGAAAGAGUUCAGUUUUCAUCAUUGUUACACUUCGACCUGACCCAAUAGCAAGCCCUGAUCUUAACUAAUAAUUUAUCAGCACUUGUUACCCUGGUGCACCCAAUACUCUGGAACAGUGUCAAAUUCCAAUACUGUUGCGCCGUGCCGCCUCAUAUUUCAUAUACAAAAAUAAAAUAAAGAUCUUUUCAUGGGACAACAGAGAAAUAUCACUUUUGGUACAAUGGACUGUACUACAUAAUGGGCACAACUUGUAAAACAGUAUAAACUCGCACCCACAUUCACACCGUCACUGAGUGGGAAGUGAACCCACGCUGCCUGCACCAAAGUCAUGCGAGUGUACCACUACACUCCCCCUACGCCGUCAGUGACUAUAUAUAUAUAUUUGAAUGUGCCCCACAGAUGCUCUAGACAUAGCCAGUCCAUCACAUUCAUUGCUCACUCAAUUAACUGUAGCUGCUGGCUGUACUUGUGCAGCCCCACACCAUUACGCUCCAAACAACAUGCAUGAUAAAAGGCAAGAUACACUUUUCUUUGGACUUAAUUUAAUUUGUAAUAAUAUAUAAUCUUUUUUUAAGAUAAUCAUGGGAUUUGUAAUAAUGUAUCAUCUUUUUUAAGAUCCUUUGACAGUUCUUUGCCAUGAGGCACCAUAUUGAAAUACCAUUGACGAGUACACGAGUGUGAGAGUUUCAUCCACUUGCUCCUCAUUCACAACUGACAACUUGCAACACUAUCGAACCACAUGAUAUCAGGGAGGAAAAAUGGAAAAUUGGGCCUGAUUUUGAUGUUUUCACUUUGGGGGUGUAACUUUUUUUUUUUUGCCAGCGGUUUAGAGAAUGGCUGUAUGAGUUAUUUUGAGGGCAAAGUCAAUUUUCACUGACAUACAAGCUGUACACUGACUUCAUCAUAGCAAAGGAUCAAUUACUCCAGUGUUGUCCAGUCAAAAGCUAUCAUAACAUAUUUACAAAAAUAUGAGGGGUGCACUCAGUUUUGUGAGGUACUAUUACAAUAUUAGUAGUGUUUAUUGUUGCAGGUUUUUAAUUGGACACUCGUGAAGUUAUGCCAUGUCUCUUAAGGAAUGAGAAGGAUGAGUGCUGUUAUUGCAUACAUUUGUGUUAUCUGUAUCGGUUUUAGUAAUCUGUUACAAAGAAUUAUUUGUUACUCAAAUGGUACCUUUUGGACAAUAAGCAGCGACAUAUUUUUUUCUCGAUGAAGAUGUCAUUUAUUUUUACAAUACGUUACAGCAGCCUUUUGGUCUUCAUAAAUAUCAAUGUUUUCGAUUAUCAUGUGCAGGAAGAACUAAGUGGGUAAGUGUCAGAGCUUUCCAUGAAAUGUGAAUUAUGUGUUAUCAAAAACAAUUUAGUCCUGUAGGUGAAACAAGAGUAGUGCUUAUCUGUGUGUUUUUCUCUGCUAGUAUUGUUUUUUUUUUUUUUUUAGUUUU